AUAGUCUGCUCCGAUAUACUCACCUGUCUCUCUCGCAGCCUGCAUGCUCUUAGCCAGAACACGAAGUAGCGUGUACACAUCUCGGCAGAACACUUUCGAUAGGCAACGCUGCUGCUCCCGCCUGCGCUGCGCGGAAAGGCAUGAGCUGAACGCGACGAUGACAAUACCUUUUGAGCAUGGUGUCGCGGUCUUUGCACGUGGUGACGAGGUGGCUGGGGGCGCUCUCAGCCUGCCCGGACUGGAGCCCUUCUCGCAGCAGCUCCCCGCGGACGUGGCCCAGCUGCGCGGCUGGGUCACAGGCGGUCCCGGCCGCCUGCUGACGGCCAUCGUGGCGGGGGGCUGGGACUUCAGCCUCAUAGUGGAGCUGCGGCGCCUGGCGCCGGCGGUGUACGUGAUCGUGUGGCACGCGGACGCCGUGGAGGACGCACACAACCGGAUCCGCGCCUUCCAGUCUGGCGCCCGCAUGGUGUCUCACGACGCUGAGCACCUGCAGCAGGCGCUGCAGCUCAUCACAUCCAUACGCGGAGCGGCGGCGGCGGCGGCGGACGCGGCGGCGGCGGGGGAGGCGGCGGCGGCGGCGGAGGCUGGUCUGGUGGCUCCGGGCACAAUAGCCCAGCUGUCGUACGCCUGCCCCUGGUGCGGCCUGUCUGGACUGACGGGACCGGAGCUGUGGCUGCACCAGCCGCUGUACCACAUCUAUGAGCUGGACAAGACCAAGGUGGACUGCCCCAUGUGCCGCCACCACACCUCCCGACUCACGCGCCACAUCAACCUGCAGCACAACCCCGCCGGACCCGGCACGGACGAGCGCACGGGCGUGUACGCGCUGGCGGUGGUGCGGCGGCCGGGGGACGGCAAGUUCCUGCUGGUGCAGGAGCGGUAUGGCGAGGGCUACUGGGUGCCGGGUGGCGGUGUGGACCCCGGGGAAAGCCUGGUGGGCGCAGUGGUGCGCGAGGCGUGGGAGGAGGCGGGGGCGCGUAUCAAGGUGACGGGCAUCCUGGCGCUGGAGUCCUCGCACCGCGGCUCCUGGCGCCGCAUCAUCUUCCUCGCCGAGCCGCUGCCGCAGCCGCAGCCGCUGCCCGCCGCAGUCGCCUCCACCGCAGCCUCGGCCGCCUCGGCCCCCGGCGACGACGCGCGGGCCCUGAGGCGCUGCAAGACGCUUCCUGACGUGGAGAGCGCGGGCGCCUGCUGGGUGGCGGCGGAGGAGCUGGAGGGGCUGCCGCUGCGCUGUGUGAGCGAGCCACGCACCUGGAUCCCCUGGGUGGCGGGCGGCGGCAAGGUGGCGGCGCUGGACCCCGCCUCGCCCGAGCUGACCCAGCUCUUCCCCGACUACCCGCUCGUGUAGCAGCAGCGCGAGGAGGCGUGUGGGGGUGGGAGAGGCGGGAGAGGGCGGUUGAAGGGGCGGACUUAUGUGCCCGGCCCCAACGAACACGCCGCGAAGGGGAGGUGGAGAUGUGGAUAUGGGGCGAUGUUUGGAUGUGGAUGUGGGGCGGUUGGGGAGCUAUUGGAUGACGCACUGUGACGCCGACUCUUCGCGAUCUGCCACCCGCUGUUGCUGGGCGGUGCGUACGGGGGCGCGAGCAGCUGCGCUGCGUGAUGCGGAUGGCUGGGCAGCUUAUUCAGCCGCGGUGUGGCAACCGAGAACUGCUACUCAAAGUUGGGGGGUCGGAGACGGUGCGGCUAUUGAGAAUCGCGGCUCGUCAUGAAAUCCGACUGCUCAAGGGCGGUGUGUGCAGGCGUGGGUUUGGCGGCGUGGUCUGUGGCACGUGAUCCUUGUCCGCUAUCUCUGAACUCGGAUGAACAUCUCAAGUCAUAACCCCUGUCCAGUGCCUGCCGCAAUUUGGCUGGACUGGAGGAUGCAC